GGCUCGCAAGACAUAUGGACGAGCUAGGAGACUGGAUGAUUACUCGCGUAGCCCUCGUUAUGAGGCUGAUGGGGAUAGAGGCGACUCUCGCGGCCGGUGGGAGUCAGAUUAAGGCUGGCGAGACGGAUACAGGGACGUCAGAUAUGAGAGGUCGGAUCGAGAUGGAUACAGGGGUGGCAGAUAUGAGAGAGGAGAUCGAGACGGAGACCAACGAGAUGGCUCCCGCGGACAGUAUGACCACGAUGGAUUCGCGAGAGAACAGCGCGACAAUUCGCGGGGGUGGUACGACUGAGGAGAUCGACGCGAUGAGUCACGCGGGCGAUACGACCAUGGAGACCGCCGGAAUGACUGACGGGGACGAUGUGAGCAAGGAGGGUCUGAAGGAGACGGCUGAAAUGAUUCGCGUGGACGGAAUGAGAGAGGGGGAUAUGGCGCGUCAUCUGAUCCAUGAUCUGGGAGACGUAUCAAUGUUCCCUUCGAUGAAGGAUAAUGUAGAAGCGAGGAGAGUAAAGCCGAGUAAAGGGAAGGCGCUGGUCAGGAGUCAGAGCAUCAAGAUAACUUUCGAAGGAGAUAUGGCAACUACACCCAUAAGGGUGGCAGCUACCAAGUCAGCGAGAGGCUCUACAUCGAGGAAGACUGACACGGACUAUGUAAUGGCAGAAAAGGAUGGACAGCGGAUCGAUGGAGAGGAGGUUAUUCUUUCACCGCGAAAGCGUGAAGUGAAGAAGUUCUUGAUGAAGAGUUCGUUGGAUGACAUUGACACGGUGGCCCCUAAGGCGGAUGCUCCUACUGUAGCAGUAUCAGAGGUGACCGCUAGAGCAGAUUGCAUGGCGACAAUUCUUCUUGAUGGGAUGGAAGCUGUACCUCCAGACAAGUUUUACAUACUUGGUAGUGGGGCCGUGGAGGCGAUCCUAAACGACGGAGCGGUUCUAGAUGCUGUAAUCGAAAACGACAGUGAGGCUGUCAUUAUAGACGAGGAUCUGGCGAAGCAAUUUGGACUGGGACUUGAUAGGUCGUACAUUUUCGAGAUAGAGAUAGCUGAUGGGAGAAAGCAACAAAUCACAGGGGUUUGUCACAAGGCAGCCAUAGAGGUCCAAGGGGUACGAGUGACCCUGCCAGUCUUUGCAGUCAAGAACAGCAGCUUUGACCUGCUCUUGGGACGGACGUGGUUGAGCCAUGUGCAUGCAGUGACGAUAGAGCGACCGGACGGGAGCCAGACACUGUCCAUUAAGAAGCUAGACGGGACGCGGGUUAUGAUUGAGACAAUGGAGCCUCGAGACCCGAGGAACAGAGCAGCUCUCGCGUUAGGUGCGGGACCCAGUGAUCGAAUUAAGUCAUUGCCUAUCUCCGGUCGCGCGGUGCGGUUUCGCGAGAAGAAGUAUGGACCUCUGCUCACAGAAGAAGAAGGCCAGAUUGUAGAAAUGAAAGAUUUAGGGCGCCGGCUGAUAGUGGACGGCAACUCGUAUCCAAAGGAGGCAGAUGAGGAAUUUGGCGGCGUGGUAUCUGUGUCUUUUUUAAGAGCACAGCCCCCUAUGGGGGGCUACCCAAGCGACACAAGCGAGUAACUCAGAAAGUUAAGCCAGCGGCAGUGGGCCGCGA